UCUGUAUCUGUAUCGUCAUCCACUGAUUCAGUACCUGACGGCAGCCAUGACACUUGUCCUCAUCAUCCUUGUGUGCGCCUCGCUUCUGCCAGCUUGGACUGCGGCAGGUACCGUUUACACACGUUGGGGAAACAGUGUGUGUGCUUCUACAGCAACGACGGUGUUUUCAGGUUAUGUGGGGGGCAGUGUUUACACCUCACCCGGAUCUGGAGGCAACUACCUGUGUCUACCACCCAAUCCCGUGGCCACUAACGUAUCAAGACCUGCCUACGUGUCCUCUGUGUACGGCACCGAGUACGAAGUGACGACACGUGCAGAGAACGACCUCGAUGCGCUGUGUGCCGUGUGCUUCGUCAGCAGUCGCUCAGUCAACAUCAUGAUACCCGGCACAAACAAGUGUCCGACUGGGUGGACCACCGAGUACACGGGUUUACUCAUGAGCGGGUACGACGGACACGCCGGGUCAACGGAGUUCAUCUGUGUGGACAGCAAAAUGGAAGGCCGCAUCGGCUCAAGCGCUAACAACAACGGCAGGCUGCUGUACCUGGUGGCCAGCAUCUGUGGCAGUCUACCCUGCACUCCGUACGUCAACAACAACAUCCUGCAAUGCGUUGUUUGCUCCAAGUGAUAGUCCAUCGUUCUGUCCCAGCAAUGAAAGAAGAAGACCUCUGCAAUGCGUUCUUCUUCGACUUAAUAAGAUGAAAGAUUAAUUAUAAAUUUAACCUGGAAGUUUGUGCUUUUUUCUGUAAAGUUAGGUAAAAGCACAGUUGGUAUAGAACAGGAAUAUAAAAUCAGUUGUAUCAGUAGCCAUGUUUCAAUUGUGCUCGGAGUCAUACCGUCGGUGUAUACCGUCUUUUCUGCAAAUAAAAGCAUUUUAUUCCAUA